AUGAAUAGAUGGGACUGUAUCAACAUCAACAACGAACCUGUUUCCGAGAAGGAAUUUCUCAGGGUCGAGAAUCAUUACAAACAGCUAAGCGAGCGGGAGAACAUCAACGCCUCGGAAUUCGAGCUCCUCACCGCAACAGCCUUCACGCUUUUUAACGAGAAGAAGGUCGACGUUGGGAUCAUAGAGGUGGGCAUGGGCGGCAAGCUCGAUGCUACCAACAUCUUGAACAACCAGGUCGUCUCAGUCAUCUCCAAGAUUGCUCGCGAUCACCAAGGCUUUUUGGGCAACACGCUCGAAGAGAUCGCGUCGCACAAAGCCGGUAUACUGCGACCCAAUGUCCCAUUCAUCGUCAACCCUAUGAACGACUUCGGUGUGCACGAGGUCAUCGAAGAUUAUGCGAAAGAGAUUGGAGCCGGACCCCGACUCCUUGUGGACACUGUAGAUCUCAGAGAGCAUGUGUUCAACACUAGCUUUUGGCGCGACUUCGCCGAUGGACUGCUGCCUUUUCAACGCGAUAACGCCGUUUUGGCCUUUCUCGCAUAUAUCGAAGUGCUCAAAAGCCUCAAGCUAAACUCAAACAUGCAUAAAGCCGUCCAGAUGCUCAGCAAGAUACGAAACAAGCAAACCCUGCCGGGACGCCAACAAAGGUUGUUCGUCCCCGUUGUAUUUGGCAACAGGAAAGAUGUUUUAGUCGAUGGUGCUCAUAACCCAGAUGCGGCCGAAAGUCUGUUAGCAUAUGUGGAGAAGAACCUGAGGGCGAGACCGGCAAACAGUCCUAACAAUGUGUACAACCCGCCAAACAAGGACAACACACAUCACAUAACGUGGGUUCUGGCAAUGACAGAGGGAAAGGACCCUCGUCAAGUCCUGGAGACGCUGCUCAGGCCCGGAGACUAUGUCCUCACUACGGAUUUUGGUCCCGUGGACGGCAUGCCCUGGGUGACACCCAUGGGUCCCAAAGCGCUAUUGAGUAUCGCACACGAAGUCUGCCCUCGCAUCAGAGGCUUAGCUAUAUCGAAGCGCGGUGUGUAUCGGGCAUUGUGCGCCGCCAAAUACAUCUCGAAAUCCGCACACAUCGUUUUGACGGGCAGCUUAUAUCUCGUUGGAGAUUUUUUUCGCGAGCACCAAGUUGGGCAACGAUGUUACAAGGACUCAGAGGAGUUUCCGAGUAUACAAGAAAUUGACCUAGAGGAGAGAGCCCGAGUGAAUGAGUUCCUCGAUGAAGCGGCACGAGGAGCAGAUGAAGAGGUUUUCCAAGCGAAUGGUGUUCGCAACUCGUUCAGGAGUGUGUCAAGCAUUCCAUCCACGAAGAAGUUUUUCGAAGACUUUGAGGACAUUCGGACACAUCUAGAGAACCUACCGCCCAAGUCUUCGAAGGCCAGGAUCAGCCAAUACUUGACGCACAAAAGUUUGCGGAAAUGA